UGGUAGCCACCCAGCUUCCCAAGAUGCCAUCUUCAGGGAAACUGAGGUCAAAAAAUGUCAGUCUCGGUUCUUGCAGCAGCUCACCAUGACCUUAAACAAAUCACAGCACCAUUAUAGAUCUCUUUCUGUAAAAUACUGGGAGGGGUUGGCUGGGCAACACCAAGCUCUCUCAAAAAGAUCUGUAGUUCCUCAAAUCCGAGGGUUGGUUCCCCGACCUUUGACCCAGAGGCAGAAUUUGAGACCUGGGCCUCAGUUUCCCCAAGGCGGAAGACGCAGUGCAACUAUAUAUGCACCCUUUCUUCUCCCGCCCCCCGGUGUUUGGAAUUUAAUCAAAAAAGAAAAAAAAAUGAAACACUGCUAUUUUAUUUUCCUUUUCGUUUUCGACCUCUGUGGGAGUUUCCAUAGUAACACGCCCUUCCAGCUGUCUCCGUUGAUGCGAGGUCCCAGAGUUCCAGCCUCAGGAAUCGGACUCCCCCUGGAUGCAAAUGUCCUCAGGCUUUCAUUGGCUACUGCCAGCCGAGCCCCUCAUAACCCUGGUAACAGCACCGCCUACAAGUCGCCGGGCCACGAUUGGUCUGGGCAUCAAAGACCUAACACGAGCUCCUCAGGUCAUUGGCUCGAGUCUAGGAAACUGGCGCCGCGGUUGGUGAGCCUAGAGGUCAGUCAGAGUCAGAAACUGGCUCAAAUAGGGAGCAAUGGCGAUAGAGCCAGGCUAUGGGUGAGUGAUUUCGAAAGGAGUGGAGAUGUGACGACUACCGUCAGCCCUGAGACAGCUCCCAAAGGGGUGGGAGGUUGACAUCUGGCUCCGGUCGGACUCUGUACGGGGUGGUCAGACAUCAGCAUUCUCCCAGCCCGGAUAGAGGCUUAUCUUUGGAACAAGAUCUGGGAACUACAGUCCAGCCUCAAGCUUCAACUUAGUUUGAGCUUGAGAGACUGAGAGGCUCCUCCUGGGCAGCUUUGCAGAGAAGUAUUUGACCUUGGCAUUUAGACAUCUCCUAUCUCCCUCAUGGCCCUGACCAUGCUGAAUGAGCUCCUGAUUGAGGACCCAAGCCCACCUAUGCUGCUGUACCAGGUUAGUAAGACUGCCAAGUUAGAUACUUUGAACUAUCAGAGCUGCUUUAUGCAGGGAGUCUUUGCCCAUUUCCCUGAGAUCUUAUUUAUCCAUCGGACCUAUAACCCAAGGGGCAAGGUGUUAUAUACCUUCCUGGUGGAUGGCCCUCGAGUGCAGCUGGAGGGUCAUCUUGCCCGGGCAGUCUACUUCGCCAUUCCCGCCAAAGAGGAUGCUGAAGGCCUGGCCCAGAUGUUCCAGGUAUUCAAGAAGUUUAACCCAGCCUGGGAGAGAGUCUGUACCAUCCUGGUGGAUCCCUACUUCCUCCCUCUGCCCACCCUAGCUAUGGAGUUCCCCGCAGCUGAAGUUCUGCCCUCAGCCUUCCACAUCUGUAAGUUCCUCCAGGGCAAGUUCUAUCAGCUUUCCCUCGAGCCGCCUGUGGAGCGGGUGCUCCUGACCUCCCUGCAGAGCACAAUGUGCUCGGCCACUGCUGGCAAUCUGAGGAAGCUGUAUACACUCCUGAGCAACUGCAUCCCCCCGGACCAGCUGCCCAAGCUUCACUCGUACUGGCUGCUCAAUGACCGCAUCUGGCUGGCCCACCGCUGGAGAAGCCAAGCCGAGAGCAGCCAAUAUUUCCAGGGCUUGGAAGUCACCACCCGAGUCCUCAGCCAAUUCUUUGGCACCACCCCAUCUGUGGAACAAGGCAUGACCUCCCUGCUCCGAUACAUACAACAGAACUCUGGAAACAAGGCAAGCUUCAGCCUGGGCCUGAGUCUUCAGAGCAAUUGUGCCCUCUCAGACGUCAGCCCCCAAAGCCCCAAAGUGGAGCAGUUGGUAGAAGCCUGCAUCCAGCACUCUCUCAAUACCAUCUGCACUGGGCCAGCAGCCCAGCUCUGCCUGGGCGAGCUUGCUGUAGUCCAGAAAUCCGUGCACCUCAUUGGCUCUGGCUCAGAAAAGGUGAACAUACAGAUCAUAGAGGACACCCACAGGGUGCAGCCCCAGCCCCCUGCCACCUGUACCUGCUACUUCAACCAGGCCUUCCACCUGCCCUGCCGCCACAUCCUAGCCAUGCUCAGUGCCCACCACCAGGUGCUCCAGCCCAACAUGCUACCACCUCAGUGGACAGCAGGCUGUGCUGCCAGUCUGGAUGGCAUCCUGGACAGCAAAUGGAGUGAGACCCUGGAUAAGCACUUAGCCGUGGCUCUCCUCACUGAGGAGGUGGGUCAGCUCUUGCAGCACUGCAGCCAGGAGGAGUUUGAACGGCGGUACAGCACUCUGAGGGAACUGGCCGACAGCUGGAUCGGCCCUUAUGAGCAGGUCCAACUGUGAUUACCCUCAGUGCCCAGAGAUGCCCAUACACAUCCACACAUCCACAAUCACUCCUACAGACACAUCCACACACACACUGUUGUACUUUCAUGGGCCCUCCUUCCAGGAAGGGACAGGGGUCUUCUAUUCUACUGCAGCCUACUGCCUACCGUCUAGUUCCCUAAGACUGGUGUCAGCAGAGGGCCCAACAGGUAGUAUUUUAGACUUUGCUGGCCACAUACAGUCUGUUGUAUAUUCUUUCUUUUUUUUUUUAUAACCUUUUCAAAAGGUAAAAACCAUUCUUAGUUCAAAGGCCUUACAUACACAGUUGACCCCUGCUCUAAGAUAAGAGACAUAAGACAUGGGCAGAGAUCAAGGUCUGGGAUAACAGCUUCCCGGGUCAUGAGAUGACUCACCUGACCCACAGAGGAAGAGGCCCCUCGGGAGGUGGUUCGGCCAGGUUCUCAGCCUUUUUACCUCUUACCCCGAUCCUGAGCUCAUUAAAGUUGAAUGUUGCUUACUCCA